UUCGCAUCAAAAUUCCUUCCCCUGAUAUAGUUAUCACCAGAUAGCAUUGAUACAGAUACAUCGCACGGAGCGCUACACUCCGCCUAAUAUGCGUCUACCUCUACCUCUUAAAACCCUAGCGCGACCAUUCCCGACCUUCAGCCGUUCAGGUCAAACCCGCUCAGUACAUCUCGCACCCCCGUAUCUCCUCGAUGAAUAUAUCCCGCGCCAUCAACUCAUAUCAUCCGUGGAUGCCGCGAAGAAGCGUUCCAAGGCAUACGCCCAUUUGCGGAACUGUAAUUUGUGCCCCAGACUGUGCGGAGUAAACCGGUAUGAAAAGACGGGUUAUUGUCUAAUACCCGGAGAGACAGUGAAGGUGAAUUUGAUUGCGCCGCAUUUCGGGGAAGAGCCAUGCAUUCAGGGGUCAAGAGGGAGCGGGUCUGUUUUCUUCUCAAUGUGUAACAUGAGAUGCACAUUUUGUCAAAAUCACGAUAUUUCUCAUCAACGUAAUGGAUUUGAUCUGACACCAGAGGAGCUCGCGGAAUGGAUGUUAAAAUUACAGAAUGUAGGACAGGUCCACAAUAUCAAUUUCAUCACUCCGGAACAUGUAGUUCCGCAGGUGGCUCUGGCUAUUUUAACCGCUGCGGACAUGGGUCUCAAAAUACCUAUCAUAUACAAUACGUCAUCCUUUGACUCGCUAGAAUCCAUAGAGCUACUCGACGGUCUUAUCGACAUAUACCUUCCAGAUUUCAAAGUCUGGAAACCCAGCUCAUCCAAGCGGUUAUUGAAAGCAGACAACUAUACGGAAACGGCGAUGGAGAGCAUCAAAGCUAUGCAUGCGCAAGUCGGAGAUUUAAGCUUUACCUCUGACGGAAUUGCCAAACGGGGAGUGCUACUUCGACAUCUGGUAAUGCCAGGGAUGGAGGACGAAGGAGUGGAGAUUGUGCGCUGGCUGGCUGAGAAUGUAUCGAAGGAUUUAUACAUUCACAUUAUGGAACAAUAUCACCCCGAUGCGCAUGUUGGCAAGAAGCGACGAGGUAAAUCUGGCUCUCAAGAGAUUCGGUAUGCGGAAAUCAAUCGUGCGAUCAAUGAUAACGAGCUGGAGGCCGUCAAGAGUGCGGCCAGGGAUGCGGGACUAUGGAGGCUAUGUGAGCCGGCGGAGCAUGCAAGCUUUUACGUGUGAGAAGAACAUGUUUGGUUUAUAAAGAGAUGCCAUUCCGUCCCUGCGCUGGGUAAACAAUUGCCAGUGGCAGUGUUGCCGGGUUCCACAACACCUAUAAUUACGCAGCCGAUACGCGAAUCAUUGGAUUAAACGCCAGAGCCACAGGUAUCGCCCACACCAGCCCGGCUCCCAUUACGCCCAUACCUUGUCAGUAUAGGGAUAUUCAGGUCUAUUUAAGUUAAAUCUCGGAGCAGCAUCCAACCCUUUUGCCAACCCCUUCUGCCAACCUCUCUAGACCCACGAGGGAAACCGCAAGGGCCUACCCCGCGAGCAAUGGCGACGCAAACAUUGAGGAGGUAUGAAAGCCACCGCGAAUUUAAUAUGUAGGCUUAGCAAUGGAGAUCCCCAACUUGCAAUUUAUCCACGUUUUGGUCACGUUGGUCACGGCCACUCAUCUGUGUGUACAAAGCACACGCAAAACAAUAAUGCACCGCCAUUCGCAUGUUCGAUUUCCCACGGUUGCGGAAUACGAGAUUGGGCCUCAGACACAUCAUCAAUAUCGGGCGAACUUGAAACCAACUACUAGGAUAUUGUCUCCGCUUGAGAACCUUGUCAGAUAUUUCAAAGGCAAAGCUUAAGAUAUAAACAUAGACAUCUAACCAACCAUAUUAGCUUGAAUGAUUGUCAUAAAAGGUGGGUAUUUAAUUAUCAGGUUGAACAUGUUUACCAACAAACAUAAAUACAUCAGCUUAGGCCUCAGAGCCAAAUAGGGGUAUGGAAAACAAAUUGUCAAUAUCUUGUGAAGAAGGGGGGUCGUAGGCUCCAUACGCCAAACCAUAACGAGAAGAGUAGAAAAUGGUAUAUACAAGGACAAGAAAACGGAAGGCUCACGGGGAAUGUUACAAGAAAAACCCAAAACUUCAAAUCACAAAAGUUGUCUACAUACUCCGCCAUCCGCAAGUAAAAAUUUCCACCAACCAUCCCAUGUUUUUGUUACGUUCCCGUUCUCACCAUCAAUAGUUAUGUCAUGCCCUGCUGAAACAUCCACCUUACUUAUCCCGUGCAGUCAGCGGGUGCAUCCAUCCGUCCUUCAGCGCUCACUCACCCCAAAAGUUGCUCGUUUUCCUUGAAUAUCACAGAACCUCCUCGUCGGCUGGCCGCAUCCUGCUGGGGCUGAAAAAAGGGUGGAUUUGCCUUUAUUUAUUUAUUUAUUUUAU